UUGAGUGCUGUUCUGAGCAUGCGCCAUGCUAACAGUUCUGGCUAACUUGAGAACUGAAACCUCCUGUCGGUUUUAUCGUCAUUAAUCUUCAGUGUCGCUCUAAUUUACCCGUAAACACAGUAACGACUGCCUCUCCUCGUUUUAUAUGAAUAAACUUAAAACUAGCUAACUGUUGUUGUUAGCCCGUGUGAUGGGACUCAGUGAGCCAACGCUCAGCUAACAAGCGGCCGCCAGCUGAUCUCAGUAUGAUCAAGUUCAUACUGAUGGUGAACCGUCAGGGUCAGACCAGACUGUCCAGGUAUUACACUCCUGUGGAGCUGAACCGGAGAGCCACGCUGGAGGCCGACGUGGUGCGCUGCUGCCUGAGUCGCAAAAAGGACCAGUGUUCGUUUGUGGAGUACAAAGACUAUAAGCUGGUUUACCGUCAGUACGCCGCUCUCUACAUCGUGGUCGGCGUCACAGACAGCGAGAACGAGCUGUCCGUUUACGAGCUGGUUCAUAACUUUGUGGAGGUUUUGGAUAAAUACUUCAGCCGGGUGAGCGAGCUUGACAUCAUGUUCAACCUGGACCGGGUCCACGUCAUCCUGGACGAGAUGAUCCAGAACGGACACAUCGUGGAAACCAAUAAGAGCCGGAUCCUCGCGCCGCUCACCGCCCUCGACAAGAUGGCUGACGGCUAAGAUUCUCCACUUGUGAUGUCACAGGCGGUUUCAAUCCUACAUCUGCUGAGCGGGAGUCGAACCUGUGACAUCACUAUGAGUCGGUUUGAAUUUACAGUCAGCGUGAAGGUGCCAAAAUAUCAACGUCAGCGUCUGAGGCUCAGUGUUGACGGCUCAAGUGUUGACGACUGAAACUCUCUGAUGCACACUCAGCACUUUCUCGUGUCUGCGUCCUAACCUUCUCGUGAGCACUGUGAACUUUCUCGUGCUCGUGGGAAAGUUUCGGUCGUGCAUGAGAAAAAUGUCCAUGCACACCUGAAACGUAUUUCCUUCCCUUGUUCUGCUCGUGUCCUUUCAGGGCCUCCGUAUCGUUCUGAAGCCGACAGAUAGAAUCAAAAGAAGUUUUUGUACAAAGUUUUUAUGAUGAGGCUAAAAAUAUUAAAAAACGUCCUUCAUAAUUUAUCUGUAAAUUUGGACUGAACUUUUUAAGAUGAUUAAAAUGAUAAAAACUGAG